AUGAAAGACGCCAUGUUGAGCGUUCGCCUAAUGACUUGCCUCUUUACCCGCUUCUCCCUGUGGUGCGUGUUAAUUAAUUAUUUGCUUACCCUGCCAGGGUGCCUCCCCCACGUGCUUCACAGGAAACACGCACCAACAUGUUCGAAGGUUAGAAGGGUACACCGCGUGAGGAUAUUUCACCACCAGCCUUGGGGGGAAGUUUCUUCUUCCCUGAACGACCUCAAAGGUGAUGUUCCUGUUUGUGCUACGCAACGGGGGAACGUGAACGCCCUGCAGUUUAUUGUUACCAAAUGGACGGGUACUAAGCGGGGUGGUGCUCACAGAGUGCGUUUUUUUACACCUGCUCGGGUCGAAGUAAACCUUUUCGAGGAGGGGAAGAAGAAAAGUGAGUACGAUAGAAGGGGACAGUUGCAUGCAGCGGAGGAGGGAGAAAAUGCGCACACUGCGGAGAAGAAGCAUAACCCCCAGCUCUUGGAGACAGCCACAAAGAUAGACCACCACGAUACAAAGGAGUACAGAUCAUAUGAACAGUCGUUGAAAAAAAAAAACAUUCACGCAAUUUUACUCUGCGGAGGGAUCGGCAAAAGAACAGAGUUGGCAGGUCCAAAGCAAUUCCUAAUGUUAAAUGAUAUCCCAGUUUUCCUUUACUCGUUUAAUUUGUUUGUAAAGUGUAAUAUUAUAAAGUCUAUUAGUCUUGUGUGUGAUUCGAAUUAUUUCCACAAAGCCAUGGACAGCAUUAACAGAUUUAAUGCUUCUCUUCUACGGAGCAAACACAAGAGGGGUUUCUUACACAAGGGUCACUCGAAGAAUGUGUUGACCUCGUUGGAAAUACAAUCGGAGAAGGAUACCAUUCAAGCUCUUCAAUUCUUAAAAAGGAAUAAGUAUAUAAUAUACGACAAUGAGAAGGGCAAGUUCAUCACCAACUUCGACGAGCUGCUGACUGAUGUGAUGGAACAAAAGAGGCAACACCACCGUGGGGGGGUAAAGAAGCAAGCAUGCAGAAUGAGCACAAAUGCGCAAGAUGUUCGUGGGAAAGGGAUACAUGCGGGUGACGAGGUGAAGCCAAGCGAUAUUGACUCGAAUCGAUACAAGCUUAUACGGCUGGUUGAAAACGGCCCGGAGAGGGUGGACUCCCUUUUGAAUGCACUGCGGGGGAUGGACUUGGGGGUUCAAAACGGGGAGUACAUUUCGCACCUGUUGCGGGGGUACUUCGCUGGAUCGGGUGAGGCGGGCGUGGUGAGUGAAGUGGAUGGCGGCCAGCCCGCUCGCAAUGCGCGCGUGUCGCACAUCCUGGUGCACGACGGGGCGAGGCCCUUCCUGUCGGAGCUGGACUUGUUCAACCUAAUUUACAUGGCCACCAUCGGGAACAAUGCCAUUUUGGGGGCGCGCGCCACAGACACCAUUAAGACAACACGAAGCGAGCAGCAGGGGGAAACGGACAAUUGCCCUAGGGUGAAAACCAACGUGGACAGGCAAACGAUAUUCAUGGCGCAGACUCCACAAAUAUUCAACAGCCAAGCGUUGUUACAGGUGUGUGAAAAAUUAGCUUCAGCGACAGGAAUGGAAGUGAAAGAAGGGAGCAGAGUCUUCACCGAUACCUCUUCCCUUUUUCAACACUUUACGAAAAAAAAAGUAUUUGCUUUACAAGGAAGGUUUCCUAACAUGAAAAUUACAACCCCGACGGACGUCUUCCUGGCUGUCAUUCUCAUGGGACACCUGUUUAAUAGUUCGCAUGCCGACGUGGACAUUGGGCUGUUUAAACAAACGUUUGUAAAUUCUCCUUCCAAUUACGUCCCUUCGAACUUGUUCAACGAUCACUUCUUCUAUGACUCCCUGGGGGGGAAGCAGCGAAUCCUGUACCGCCACUUCUACUACGAAUAA